AUGUCAGCUCGAAGCUUCAGGAACGGUGGCGCCAUGCAGGCGGGCGCCGCGGCAGGCGCCGCAUUCGCCGUGUUGCAAGCUGCAUUGGCGACGCGUGUUCGUGGUAUCCCUGCUGCUGCUCUCGCUCGCGGUCUUCCUUCUCAUGCUCCCCGCCUUGUGGCUUGCUCACGCCUGGCCUUUACCGUCUCUGCCGUCUGUGGCGGGCACAUUCCGCAGAAUGCGGGGGAAAAAUCACCUGCGUCAAUGCGUGCCAGUGGGAGUGGCGAUGUCGACUCAGCUGUCAUCGCAGAUCCGCAGAUCGACGGCGGCGGGGGCGGCAUCUGCGUCGCGAUUCCUUCCUCCCCGCGCGCCUUCCCCCACCAGGAGCUCCCGCCGUGGCACUUCCCCGUGGCGCUGCUGAAAUUGCUGGACGAGCGCCACUCCCGGCGGGAUUCCGCGCAAGGAGGGGAGCAGCGCGGCGGCCUGGGGGAGAUGCACGCGGUGGUGUAUAGCGCCGGCUGCAAGGCGUCGGUUCCAGCUGCUUUUUCCUCCAACCGACGGCAGCGCAUGGGUAGGCUCAGGCUGAUCAGAGUGGCCAAGAGCGUGGAAGAUAUGGAGGCGGACUUUGUUGUAGAAGAGACAAAAAAGACGAAUGAGAUGGUUGGCGUUUAUAUGCGAGAGAUCGAGCGGGCGGCAGAGGGAUUGUCGAUUCGUGUGGAUGUACUGCGAGCGCAUGAAGAUGUGUGCCGGUUCAUAGGGCAGGAGGAAGGGGAUUUGAGGCGCGGUGGAGUUGAGGAUAAGAUGGUGGGGAAGGAUGGGUGGGAGAGUUGGAAAUGGCGCACGAAACUGGUCAUGGACUUUGUCUAUGUGGCGAGACAAUGCCUCGCCACUCGGCCCAAGUAUGUGCUGUUGCUCCAGGAUGAUACUCUGCCUGCGAAGCUGUAUGACGUUGGGAUUGAGAAGUUUGUGAGGGAGGAUUUGGCGCAUAAGAGCUGGGGAGUGGUGUCGCUAUACAACCCCCAGUCAUACAACUGGAAACACCAGCAUGGGGACGAAUAUCAGGUGCCAUGCUGCGCACAGGCACUCCUAUUCAAUGUGACCACACUGGAAGGGAUGCUGCAGUAUAUGGAGGAGCACUUCAUGGAGACAAACAUGGAUCUCCUUGUGAGCAAGUACCUUGAUGCAUCGGACAUCAAGGGGUAUGUUCACGUGCCUUCCUUGUUUCAACACCUAGGGUCUGUUAGGACCAAGGACAGUGGCACAAGACGGCCGGAUCUGAUACACGUAGAUAAUGAUUUUGAUGAGAAUAUUGUAGUAGGGUGA